GGUUAGGACGCGUAUGAGGCACAGAGUAAACUUUCAGACAGAGGAACUGUGACAUCACGCCAUUAGAGGGUUUCAUUUACAAAGAUAGACAGGAAGUGCCAUAUCGGAGUGUGUUCAGUCUGUCGUUCAGCCACAGAGUCAGAUAAUCUAAAGCACUCAGGUAAAAGAUGACCUCCAAACUUUCAGAAGGACGUUUUCAGCAACUACUACUGCCUCUCUUUCUGAUUUUUUGUUUUGGAGGCACAUUCUUCAUGUACUACAAGCCAAGUAUGAGAUGGAUAUCAUGCCCAGAUGUUCCAGUCUCCACAGGUAAAGUCUCCACAGAUGAAGUCUCCACAGAUGAAGUCUGCACACAUGAAGUCUGCACACAUGAAGUCUGCACAGUAGAACGCCUCAGGGCAUUGAUGGAAAACUUUACCCAGAUUAUAAACACCAACAGCACUCUGAACUCCACUUUGGUUAAACAACAAUUACUGAUCAGCAUACCAACUGUCAUGGAAGAAAAUAAGGAAAAUAAUGACCAUGACGACAUUAUCCUAUUAAUCUGGUCAUGGCCUUUUGGUUUUAAAUUUGAUGUGAAAGCCUGCGGUUCAGAGUAUGGUAUUAAAGGUUGUCACAUUACAGAUGACAGAAAUCAGUACAACAAAGCCCAUGGUGUUAUAUUUCAUCACAAAAAUAUCGGUGGUGAUUUCACAAACCUGCUGAAAAGACCUCGGCCUCCACACCAGAAGUGGGUGUGGAUGACCAUGGAGUCUCCUGAUAAUACAGGUAGACGUGCUGAAUUAGAUGAUGUAUUCAAUCUGACUGCAAAUUAUCGGAAGGAUUCAGAUGUCUGGGUGCCUUAUGGGAGAAUCAUAGAAGCAUCUGAGAAGGACCAACCCUUUACAAUGCCACCAAAGGACAAAAUUGUCUGUUGGAUUGUCAGUCACUGGAACCCCAACUUUAGGAGAGUCAAAUAUUUUAGUGAACUGGGCAAAUACAUCAAAAUAGAGGCUUAUGGUAGACACUUCAACAGGUAUGUCAGCACUGAAGAUUAUAACAAGAUUUUACCAAGCUGUAAAUUCUACUUAUCAUUUGAGAACUCCAUCUACAAAGACUACAUCACAGAGAAGGUGUUUAACCCCAUGAAAGCCGGCACAGUUCCUGUGGUUCUUGGUCCACCCAGGGAGAACUAUGAGGAAUUCCUUCCAGCAGAUUCAUUCAUUCAUGUGGACGAUUUUGAGUCCCCUCAGAAACUGGCAGAACAUCUCAAAUUUCUUGACCAGAAUAAGGAAGCUUAUGAACACUACUUUACCUGGAGACAACACUUUACUGUUAAAAGUGUACUUUUUGGUCUUGAACACGCUUGUCGGAGUUGUUAUUAUAUAAGAAACAAUAAGGGCUACAGAGUGUUUAAAAAUCUCAAUAAAUGGUUUUGGGGUUAGCAAGCAUAACACCAGCAUGAACUUCUAAAUGGAGACUUUGGAAAUCCCAUCAGUGUCUUCCAGAUCUUCCAAACAUCUCAAGAGGAAUUGUUCCAGACCAAGACACUUGAUCUAAUUUUCUUUCCAGUCAACAUAACAUAAAUGACUUUCAUUAUUAUUUUCAUUUAGGCUUUACUGGUGCACAGUCCAUCCAUCCAUUAUCUGUAGCCACUUAUCCUGGUGCACAAUAUCUUGUUAUAUCAAUAAUGCUUUCCUGGGUAAUGUUAACUGAUAGCUACACAUUCUAUACUGUUUUACAGUCUUUUCAUUUACUUUAAAUGUUACAUGAUUUCUAUUUUAUAUGCACUACAACCUACAGAACAACCUACUCACAAUGACCCUGUUUACACUUGGUUUUAAAAUGCGUCUUUGGUGAUCAGCUCACAAGUGGACAGAGCUAAAUACAAGUGUAAACAACCACCAAGGCAAACUGUGAUCUGAUCAGUCAAACCCCUUGCUGAGGUGGUCUGGGACACAUUUGACCACAUCUCCUUCUUAAUGUAAAUAUGAAUGUGUCCUGAUGGGUCCCUGACAAGGACAUAACAGUAUGUCAUUAAAGCAGGACAUGGUGGUUGUUUUGGUGACAGCAUGCCAAAGCCUGAAAAAAAAUGGAGAAAAGCAACUGAUGUACAUGGUUGGAGUGCAAAAAAUUAAUGAACGUAUGUUGCAGGUUUAACAUUUGUUUGUUUUUUUGAAAGGCACCAUAUUAUGAAAAACUCAAUUUCUGUGCUUGUGCUCAUAUUUAUGUAUCUGGAGCCUACCAACCUACAAAUUCUGAAAAGAGACAUACAGUCAAUUUCUUCUGUGUUGCCUGUUUCUGAAAACACAUGAUUCAACAAGCCUUUAAGAUUCAGCUCCACUUCUAUGUCAUAAGUGGAGAUCAUUAGGACAAUACCACCUCCUCAUCAGAGUAUCUCUGCUCAUGGCUUAAGAAUUACCUUUGCAAGUGAAUAUUCAUGAGAAAAGUGCUGCCUAAUUGGCUGGAGAAAGAGGGGGUGGGGUGAGCAGUGGCUCAUUAUCAUUUAAAGGAACAGACACUGAAAUCAGCCAUUAUGAACUGGGCUGCUCAAACAGGGUGAGAAGGUGCUGUGGUGCUUCAACCUUGUGGUAUUUUGAUCACACAUGUCACAUAAUACGUCACAGACAUUUUAAUAAGAACUCAGGGAACUGUGACAACUUGUGGAAAAGGGGUAAAAUGUGUCCCCUUUAACAUAACUGCACGGGGCAUUUUGACCUGCUAGUGGAAGUGAUGAAGGCAGUAAUGAAACCUGAACUCAAGUGGUGAACUGGACACCUUAGAGAUGUACCAUAUAACAGACACAGGUGUAACCAGCAAUAUGUCUUGGCUGUCCACUUGCGAUCCAAUCGCCCAAGACACAUUUUAAAACCAAGCGCUGAUACACAGGUUACUGCUCUUCUAACUGAACCAUCACUGAUGAGGCAGUUAGAAUUAAUAAUAAUAAUAAUAAUAAUAAUAAUAAUAAGGCAAAUCAAUUACUAAAUCAACAAAUCAUCCUUAAGAAUGUAAAUGGGCAGUGCCAUUAAGCACUAAUGAGCUGAUAAAGAUCCACAUGUCUGCAUUCUGGUUUACAUUUACACGUUAUAGCUUGACAUUAUUCAAACUGUUUGGACUUGCAGGAUGGGUUCAGCCUUUCAGUCUUGAGCUCAGGCUUCUGUCUAAAUGGAAUUUCAUGUGUGUUAUUUCUGACUAUGUGCUCAGUGAGUCAUUUAGGCCCUGUCCACACGGCAGCGGAUUCAGGUGAAUCCGAUAAAAUUUUUUAUCGUUUCGGCCUGGCAUCCACACGGCACCGGCGUUUUGGGUGCCCCAAAACGAUAUUUUUUGAGAACGGUUUCCAGAGUGGAAAAAUCUGGCAACGGCGCCAUUGCGAAGUCGUCUGGAUGAGUAGAACGGAUUUGUUUACGAUGACGUCACAACCACAUGACUAGAACAAGCAGCACUCUCGCACGCAUCAUUCGUAACAGCAACAAGAGAGUGACUCUGUAUAAAUAACACCCUCUGUAUAGGGCAUGAAGGAGUUAUUUGGAGUUUAAUGAUCUGUGAGGGUGACAGAGUGUUUAUCACUGACAAGAGAGUCGGUUUUUCCUCGCGUAGUCGCAGCCAUCUUCUUCUUGUUGUUGUGUGUUUGUUCCUGUGAGUGCUUCACGCCGGGUAGAAGAAGGGGUUUAUGCGCAUGCGUCCUACUUCUUCUGUUGUUCUGGUGUCUCCGAUGGGACCGUCUUACAGCGCACGUAGAGGUGUGGCAUGUGUAUUGCAUCGUUUUCAGCAAGUGUUGCAUUGCCAUAUGUACCUGAUAUUUUACUGAUCCGUUGCCCAUGUGGACGCGAUUUAUUUUUUUACCCGCUAAAAAAAAAAUCUCAUUGCCGUUGUCGUGUGGAUGUAGCCUUAGAGUCUAGUAGGGUUGAUUACUGCAAUGGCCUUUUCACAGGCCUGCCAAAAAAGACCAUCAAACGACUUCAGGUGAUUCAAAAUGCAGUGGCUAGGGUUCUCACACGAACAAAAAGAACAGAGCACAUUACUCCAAUUCUAAGGUCCCUUCACUGGCUUCCAGUAAGCUACAGAAUUGACUUUAAAGCAUUGCUGCUGGUGUACAAAUCUCUAAAUGGUACAGGGCCCAAUUACCUCUCUGAUAUGUUGCAGCAGCCUAACCCAAUCAGAUCUACCAGAUCGCAGCAGCAAAAUUUACUGGUAAAACCUGUUGUUAAAACAAAGUGUGGUGAAGCAGCUUUUAGCUACUAUGCAGUACAGCUAUGGAACCAACUCCCAGAGGACAUCAAAAAUGCUCCUGCUGUUGGCAGCUUCAAAUCUAGACUAAAGACCAAGCUAUUCUCAGAUGCUUUCUGCUAACUGAUAAAUAUCAUCAUCUUUACAUGUUUUAAACUUUAUUUAACUUCUACAGUCUCUGCAUGUUUUAAACUUUACUUAACUUUUAUUCUAUUUUAUUCUGCUGUUUUUUACUGAACUUUUACUUCAUUUUAUUAUUUUAUUUCUACUAUUGUUUAAUUCUUCUUAUUAUUUUUUCUCUCUUCUUCCCUCUUUAUUUUAUGUAAUUUUAUUUUCUAUUGUUUACUGUUUUGCCUUUACCUCUGUAAAGCACAUUGAACUGCCACUGUGUAUGAAAUGCGCUAUAUAAAUAAACUUGCGUUGCCUUAGAGAAUUUGGACCCACUGCAACCAGGAUAUUUCUUACUGAAGAUUAAGGAGUUUGAUUAAUAAUUAAUUUUGUAAUGUAUUUGAUUCAUACUUGAUUACAUGAUCGUUGUGUUAACAUGUGAAUUUUGCCUACAGGGAUCAAUAAAGUUUCUCUUAUGCAUAAA